AAAGAAGGGGAAAGAAUUGUACUAUCCUCUAUAUUUUGUUUUGGAAUUAUGGCUUUUACCUCACAGAACAACAGCUUCUGCUUCUUGGUGCUUUUGUUCCUGUUUAGCAUAGCUUCAGCGCAAUUGUCCUCAGAUUACUAUGCAACAAGAUGCCCGAAAGCCCUUUCUACAGUUCGGACUGCAGUUAUUAAUGCAGUGGUGAAGGAGCAUCGCAUGGGGGCAUCCUUGCUCCGUCUCCAUUUUCACGAUUGCUUUGUUAAUGGAUGUGAUGCAUCUGUUCUAUUAGAUGACACUGCAAAUUUUACUGGGGAGAAAACAGCGUUACCAAAUUUGGACUCUAUUAGAGGAUUUGAAGUGAUUGAUACUAUAAAAUCUCAACUGGAAAGCAUCUGCCCUGGGGUUGUUUCCUGUGCAGACAUCCUUGCCAUUGCAGCCCGUGAUUCAGUUGUUUUAUUGGGAGGGCCUUCGUGGAUAGUUCAGUUAGGCAGAAGAGAUUCCACCACAGCAAGUUUAAGUGCUGCAAAUACUGAUCUCCCAUCUCCAAGCCUAGAUGUUAAUGACCUCAUCUCUGCCUUCUCGAAUAAAGGCUUUAGUGCCAAAGAUUUGGUAGCUCUCUCAGGAUCUCACACAAUGGGUCAAGCCAGGUGUGUAUUGUUCCGAGACCGGAUCUAUAAUGAGACUGACAUCAACUCAGCACUUGCUACUUCACUGAAAUCAAACUGUCCAAGCUCAGGGAGUGAUGACAACCUUUCCCCACUGGAUGUUACAAGUCCUGUUUUCUUCGACAACGCUUAUUAUAAGAACUUGGUUAAUAGCAAGGGUCUCUUGCAUUCUGACCAACAACUCUUCAGUGGUGGUUCAACAGAUUCUCAGGUUACAACUUACAGCACCACCCCUUUAGCUUUCUUUGCAGAUUUUGCCAAUGCCAUGGUGAAAAUGGGGAACCUCAACCUGCUUACUGGAUCCAAUGGUCAAAUUCGUACUAACUGCCGCAAAAUAAAUUAGACUGCUCAGAAUGGAAACGUUAUCUAGUUCAGUAAAAUCAAGUGAUUCAUCUGAUAGUAAUUUUUGUUUUUACUCAUUCCAGUAGUGAAAAAAUAUAAUGUUUUAUGUUGUACUUGUAUACCGAUGCCAAAGCUAAAAAGCCGAAAAUAAAUACCGUACCUCAUCGAUAUAAUGCAUUCAUAUUUAGCAUUAAUUUCAGUUUACCCUCCUAAAAUUUAGAGGUGUCAUCAUGUCA